CUUCAGUUCACGCAGCCGUUAAAGCUUCGAGUCAAGAGCGCUGCUCUGCUGCGACUCCUCAGAAACCGCUGGGAAAUUAUCAGUCUCCUUUUACAAGGUCGCCGGAGGAUUUAUCUCAAAGUGAAAGCAGAAGGUUCCGGCGCGAUGAUGUCACAGUGAUGUCACAGAACUGAAGCAGAGGCCGUCAUUGACAAUAUGGAGUCAGCGGAGAGGCUGGUUUCCCCGACCUCCAGUCAGACCUCCAUAAGAGCUGCAGCAAACCCAGAAACCUCACCGACAACAACACACAGCAAGAGCGGUCAUUUGUUCCAAAUGUUUGGCAAUCAGGGUUUGGGAAUUUCUUCAGUUUCCGGUGCCUUUCCCAUGAUCAGUCACCCAGUCUUCAGUCUGCACUCCUCUUCUCCUGUCUGCUCUGAAUUCGGAGGUCUGGGAACUCUGGGAUUGUCGGCCGCUCUGGCAGCCCGCUCUCAGAUCGGAGCUUUACCAGAUUGGUGGUGUUUUGCAGAUGCUCAGGGUCAAGGGUCGGCGGCCUUUUUCCCUCAUCUUCUGGGUCUGCCGGCAUUAUUCAGCGCACCAGCCCUGAACCAAGAGCAACCCCUCCUUCAGUCUCACGCAGCCAGACGCGCUCCGGUGAAAGCAGGACUGAAUGGCUCCAUCAAUGGAAAGGCGAAAUCAAGCUCAGCCUCCACACCCUCUCCAGUCCUCAUUCCUCCAGAUCAGACCAAGAACCUGAAAACCAGCCCCAAACCAGCACUAAACCAGCUAGAGGAGAAAACUAGACCCAAAACAAAAGACGAGAAGCCGCAUAGCAAAGUGCCAGACGUCUCCAUCAACAGCGACAGCCAAUCAGCAUCCAGCUCUGACAGCUCGAGCGAUGCUCUUAGCAGCUCUGACUCAGACGACCUGGAGGAUGACGACGACGAUGAUGAUGAUCAGAGUGAUGAUAGUGUGGACUCAGAAAAGUGCAGAAAAGAUCAGAAAGUUAUCCGUAAGGAGGAAAUGCACACAGACAGGAAGAAGAGCCAUCACACUGUAGGACAGGAUAAGCUGGAUGUCCAGGGUUUGCUUUUGUCCCAGCUGCCUAUUCACAUCCAGUCCUUCAGGCCGACAGAGGAGCCCAGCAAACAGGCCAGUGUCAUCCAGGCCACAGGUCUAGCAUCCAGCGCAAAACCGCUUGCACUAGUCAUGCAGCGACGCAGGGACAGCGACGCACCGUCCCCUACAGACCUGCCCGUCUCCCACUCAUCCUCUCCAAAGCCACCUUCCCUCACCCCGUCACCCAAGUCUUUGUCUCUGACUUCCUCUCCCACACCGCCCUACUCCAAAUCCACCCGUCUGAAGACGUGCAAGAAUGACCUCGACCAGACCCUGCUCACCAUUAACAACUUCAGCAAACUCAAACAGUCAUCUCUACCUCAGGCCUUUCCUCCACCAUUGAGAGGUGCACAGGAAUCACAGAGCAGCCAGAAACUUCCGUUCAACAGUCCGUUUCUCCCCUCACUUCCUACGGAGAACCACCAUCCCAGCGCGGUGCAGGGCGCUCCUCUGGCCCUCAUCACCAAACCUCGCUCCCAGAGCACACGCACCCCUGAUAAACCACUGCUGGCUGCCACCAGCCCCGCCGCGUUCAACACUCCCAUCAACCUCACCACCACGGGACGCACCUCUACCUCGCCCGCUCUGAAGAGAGAGAGACCAUCAUUGGUGGAGCACUUCAGUGGGGCGGAGUCUGAACUCCCUUACAGUAAAGACUCUGAUGAUUCGUUAAUGGAGGACGAGGAUGAAAAUUAUGCUUCAAAUGACAGUCUCUCAGACUCUGACAGCAAUUUAGACACUGAUUCUGAUGAUGAUGAUGAUGAUGAUGGUAAAGAUGAAGAGAUGGACACAGAUUCAGAAAUGGACAGAACGCCACUCAAACUCACCAAAUCCUCAGUGUCUAUACUUGACUCCUCCCACAGCACUAGCCCCGCCCCUCUCAAUCUACAGGUUCAUAAAACACCUGCCACAACCACACCAGCCAUUGUGACUGGGAAUUCAGCCAAUCACAGCCCAGCUUUGUCGUCUUACAGUGUGGUCACACCCCCAGGGAAAAGGAGAAGAGUAACAGAUGAAUGUGCACUGCGGAAACCUCUAGAAAAUGGAUGGCAGAGGGAGACGCGAAUCAGGAACAUGUCUGGGCGUUUGCGUGGAGAGGUGGCGUAUUACACUCCAUGCGGCAGAAAGCUCAGACAGUAUGCUGAUGUCAUCAAGUAUUUGACCAGAAACGGGAUCAGCGACAUUACACGUGAUAAUUUUAGCUUCAGUGCUAAAAUAAAGGUUGGUGACUUCUAUGAAGCCAGAGAUGGACCGCAGGGGUUACAGUGGUGCUUACUGAAGGAAGAGGAAGUGGUUCCUCGUAUCUUAGUGAUGGAAGGUCGUCGGGGUCAUCUCAAGAAUCUUGACCCCGCUCUCUCUCGCAGGAAAAGCAGAGCACCUGACGAGAGUGAAGCUGAUGCUGUCAGCAGCUCUGAGGCCAAACUACUGCGCAGACUGGAGGCCCAGGAAAUGGCGCGGCAGGCAGCUCAGAUGAAGCUGAUGCGUAAACUGGAGAAGCAGGCGCUGGCACGAGCGGCUAAAGAGGCCAGGAGACAGCAAGCAAUCAUGGCGGCUGAAGAGCGGCGGAAACACAAGGAACAAAUGAAGAUUCUGAAGCAGCAGGAGAAGUUCAAGAGAAUCCAGCAGGUCCGUUUGGAGAAGGAACUCCGUGCUCGGCAGAUUUUGGAGGCUAAAAGAAAAAAGAAAGAAGAGGCUGAAAAUGCCAAAAUACUAGAAACUGAAAAACGAAUAAAGGAGAAGGAGCUGCGCAGACAGCAGGCCAUCAUCCUGAAGCACCAGGAAUUGGAGAGACAUAGACUAGAUAUGGAGCGGGAGAGACGUCGGCAGCAUGUGAUGUUGAUGAAGGCGAUAGAGGCCAGGAAGAAAGCUGAGGAGAAAGAGCGACUGAAACAGGAGAAACGAGAUGAGAAACGACUGAACAAGGAGCGCAAACUGGAGCUCAGACGGCUGGAGCUGGAGAUGGCCAAAGAGCUGAACAAACCUAAUGAAGACAUGUGUCUGUCAGACCAUACGCCUCUGCCAGCGCUGUCACGGAUAGCGGGUCUGCUGUUGCCGGGAGGAUGUUUCUCAGACUGUCUUAUGGUCAUGCAGUUCCUGCGCUGCUUUGGAAAGGUCCUGGGGUUUGACCUCAGCACUGACGUGCCGUCACUCAGCGUGCUGCAGGCAGGGCUUCUGAAUGUGGGUGACAGCAUGGGCUUCAUCCAGGACCUGCUGGUGCGCAUGCUGUCUGCUGCUGUUUGUGACCCAGGACUCCCUGCAGGACACAGGGCUAAGACGGCUCUGGGAGACCAUGUGACUAACGUCGGCCUGAACCGGGACAAUGUGUCCGAGGUGCUGCAGAUCUAUAUGGAAGCUCACUGUGGACAGACUGAACUGGCACCGCUGGCCGAGAGCUUGAAGACCAAAGCUUUCCAGGCCCACACGCCGUCUCAGAAAGCCUCCAUGCUGGCCUUCCUGGGCAAUGAGCUGUCCUGCAGCAAGAGUGUGGUCAGUGAGAUCGACAAAAACAUUGACAGUAUGACUAACCUGCGACGAGACAAAUGGGUGAUCGAGGGGAACUUACGGAAACUGAGAAGCAUCUAUGCUAAGAGGACGGGAAAGCGAGAGAGCAGCGUUGGAGGAGAGGAGGGUCAGUCCACCAGUACGCCUGCGAACAGCCGUAAACGCAAGCGCAAAGGAGGGGAGAGUGAUGAAGAUGAUGAGGAAGAUGAUGACAGCGAUGAACAGGGAGAGGAGGAUGAGGAUGAAGAUGAUUUUGGUGGGAAGAAAGGAAAAAAAGCAGAAGCAUGUGAUGAUGAGGAUGAAGGUGAUCAAAUCACAAGCAUUGAGGAGCUGGAGAGACAGAUUGAGAAGCUCAGCAAGCAACAGACUCAGAUCCGUCGGAAGCUGUUCGAGGCCUCUCAUUCCCUGCGCUCCGUGAUGUUCGGUCAGGACCGUUAUAAGCGACGCUACUGGGUUCUGCCGCAGUGUGGCGGGAUCUUUGUGGAGGGACUGGAGAGCGGAGAGGGUCCUGAGGAAUUGCAGAGAGAGCGUGAGAGGACAAAGAACGCUCACCUCGUCCAGGUCAAAGAGGAACCUGAUGAAAAAUACGGCACCGCUGAGAGGAAACAAGAACCUCCGCAGGAUGUAGAUUCUCUCAACCUCUUCCUGCAGAAACCGGAUUCUUUCUCCAAGCUCAACAAGCUGUUGGAAGUGGCUAAGAUGUCUUCUGAGGUCUCUUGUCACCAAUACAGCAGCCCAAAACAGCAGACUACAUUACGCAGAACACCUAACCAUGUUGUUAAACCUGAUCUCAGUGAUUCUUGUCUCCUCAACAACACCUACCUCACUAAUGCCCAACAGCAGAUCUGUAGCGAGCAGCUUUAUAAGGUUCUGACAGAGAGAAACGCUCACUGGUUCAGUCUGCUGCCUCGCUCUCCAUGUGAUGUCUCGUCUCUGACUGAAGGUCCACAUUCAGCAUCAUCUUCCUCACCACAGACCACAGCGGUCUCUGCCGACCCCUACAGCGCUGCGCGGAUCAAUAACUUUUCAUUAGCAGCACUGCAGUUGAAGUCCGGUGUGCCCAUUAUAGAUUUGCCCUUCUGUGCUUGGUCCAAUGGAAAUUUGAGUCCAAACGUGCCGUUCUCUGGUGUUUCCAUGGCUCAGAUUCUCAGAGGCAUUCCCUCAUCCUCAGAGGGCAGUAGACACCUGAACGUCUAUAAGAGCGAUUCUCCAGAGUCUCCAGCAGAGAAACCCAUCUCCACACCCUCACCGGUCAUCGAGGUGCCCAAAAACCAGGAUUACCCAUCACCUCAACCUAUUCCUGAAGAGAUGUUGACUGGCUGGUGGAAGGUGACGGACGUCGAGGAGUUACGAUCUAUAGAGAAAGCAUGCCAUUCCCGAGGGAUCCGAGAGAAACAGCUGCAGAAACAGCUGCAGAAACACAUGGACUACAUCGGGCAGGUCUGCAGCAGGAACAGAGAUGUGAAUGUGAUCGACGUCUCUGAGCUGGAGGAGAAUCAGGCCUCUGAGGACACCGUCCAGAGCUGGUGUGUGGAAGAGCAGGCCAUGGACAUGGACAUCGGUGUCCUGCAGCAGGUGGAGGAACUGGAACACAAGGUCACCUCAGCCAGUCUGCAGGUUAAGGGCUGGAUGCAUCCAGUGGUGCAGUCACAGAGUGAAGACCUGCUGUAUUACGAGCACAAACCCGUCGUGCAAAACUGCAAAGACAAAAGUGACAGCGGCAUCGUACGUCGAGUGAACAACCCUCUGGAUAUAGCAGUGACGCGUCUGGCGGAGCUAGAGAGGAACAUCGAGCGAAGGUACCUGAAGAGCCCUUUAAGCAGCACCGUUCAGAUCAGACUGGAUAACGUGGGAACGGUCUCAGUACCGGCCCCUGCACCAUCACCUGCUAGAGCUGAUGGUGACGGGGCUGAGGAAGAUCUGGCUCCAGGACUGAGACAGUGGCGUAAAGCUCUCAGCGAGGUGUGCAGUGCCAGUCAGCUCGCUCUGUGUCUACAGCAGCUGCACAAGUCCAUCGCCUGGGAGAAGUCCAUCAUGAAAGUGUACUGUCAGAUCUGCUGUAAGGGAGACAACGAGGAGCUGCUGCUGCUGUGUGAUGGAUGUGAUAGAGGCUGCCACACGUACUGCCAUAAACCCAGGAUCACCACCAUACCAGACGGAGACUGGUUCUGCCCGGCCUGCAUAUCCCAGGCGAGCAGUCAGUCCCUGAAGACCAAGCAGGCCUUGAACCGCUCAAGCGGAGGCCUGAAGAAACCUGCUGAGGCCAAGCGGCACAAGAAACCGUCUGUGGCUGGAGACUCAGAGGAGAAUUUGAGCGGCGCCAACAGCACGCCCAGAAAAGUGUCAAAGGACAUGAAAAAGAGGAAGACCGAGGACAGUCCUUCCACUAACCCGGCAAAGCAGGAGAGUCCCAAAAUAUCCAGAGACCACAGUAAAGACCUGACCUUGUGCAGAAUACUCUUGGCUGAGCUGGAAAGCCAUCAGGACGCCGGGCCGUUUCUGACACCCGUCAACCCCAAAUCUGUCCCGGGAUACCGCAAGAUCAUCAAGAAGCCCAUGGACUUCUCUACUAUCAGAGACAAACUCACCAACAGCCAGUACUUGAAUCUUGAGACUUUCAUCAUUGACGUGAACCUGGUGUUCGAUAACUGUGAGAAAUUCAACGAGGAUAAUUCCGACAUCGGCCGAGCGGGACACGAGAUGAGACGCUUUUUCCAGAGGAGAUGGACCGAGCUGUUGAGGCAGAACUCGCUGAAACCAGUUCAGAUGAUGGAGAGUCAUUUACACACCAUUCACGCCACACACUCAAAUCAAGUACAGGGGCACAACUGUGAGAACAUCAAUGCUUUCAAAAAUAUCUUGUGAAUAUGUUCGUUUUUUUCCCCCGUUUUUUUAAAUAAACGUUAAUAUUAUAGUCAAUGUACUGUAUUUAAUUUGUCUUUAAUUAUUUAUGACUAAAAAGGUCUUCACUUUCUAUGGAAAAAGAGGCAAAACUGCUUUAAAAAUCUAAAUGAAUGUGUUUUCUUGAUCAGAUAUGAAAAAAUAACGUGUUUACAUAAUUCUGAGCUCCUAGAGAACAGAAGAUCCAUUAUGGUUACAUUAUAAAGCUGCAUUUAUGUAAAUGUGUAUGUUUUAAAUCACAAACUCCAAAACAGGCCAUCGUGACAUGACUAUUAAUGUUUAAUAUCAGUUCUGAAUAUUGUAUUCUGUGCACACAAGACUCCAGCAUCGUUUAUGCCUUUUUAAUAGUUGUAAUGUGUUUUAAUACGGCACUUUCUGAAAACAGCAGUGCCUUCAGAAAUCCUCAGUUUUUACAACUUCUCCAACCUCAAUCAAUCUAUUCCGAUGCACGAGCAUUCAACCAGUGAUUGCUGGAUUUUUUACAUCAUCAUUGCUGUCGCUCAUAUACAAUGCAACAAUAAAACGGAUGAUGAAAACCUAACCAUAUCUAGAAAUCAGAAUUUUCUUCUAUAUUUUUUUUUUUGACUUCGCAACCGCUUAGCAAACACUCUUGCGUUGUGACGGCAAAUUUUGCACGUGCAAAAGUGCUGUUGUGAUAAAUCUAGUUUACAUGAUGAUUAAUGUAAUGAACUGCAGUGAUUUUUAUGGUACUAAAGUCAGAAUACUUGAAUUCUCCUGUGUGAAGAUAUUGCAAUGAAGGUGUAGCGUUCUGUUUUGUAGGAGUUUUAUUUUUCUCUAGUUUGUGUCGAAUAUUUAAUAAAAUGUUUUCAAGCAGCCUGGUUGUGUUUAUACU